AGGGAAUCUACAGCUUCCUACUAUAGCCACACCACACAUUAUUGUACAUAUGAGCUUGGACGAAUAAGAGGAGGACAGGAUGGCUAACUCAGCACUCGAGAUAGUGGGUCUGUUAUUGACGCUAAUUGGACUGAUUGGGACGGCAGCAAGCACUGGGAUGCCAAUGUGGCGAGUGACAGCCUUCAUCGGGGAGAACAUCAUUGUGUUUGAGACCCGCUACGAGGGUCUGUGGAUGAACUGCUUUCGACAGGCUGACAUCAGAAUGCAGUGUAAGGUGUACGACUCUCUCCUGGCCCUGCCGCCUGACCUACAGGCGGCACGGGGGCUCAUGUGCUGUGCUCUGGCACUGGGCGGUCUCGGUCUGCUGAUCAGUUUGGUUGGACUGCAGUGCACGUCGUGUAUUGAAAACAACGAUCGGGCUAAGCGACUGGUCCUCAUUAUUGCAGGAAGCAUGAUCAUAAUGGCUUGCAUCUGCGUCCUUAUCCCCGUGUCCUGGACAGGUCAUGUCAUCAUAAGGGACUUCUACAACCCCUUGCUGAUCGACGCCCAGCGUAGGGAGCUCGGAGAGGCUCUGUACAUCGGCUGGGUGGCAUCCGCUUUCUUGUUCUUUGGAGGAUGCAUGUUUGUUUGUUGCAACAUGCAGUCUGAAGGCAAAGAUACAGAAAGAUAUGCGUACUCAAGGACCUCUGACUACCUGGCCUAUCCUCCACAGCCUCUACAGCCCCAACAGCUGGUGCUUGUUCCCCAACCACAACUCCAGCCUCAGCCAAUGCUGUCAAGACAUCCGUCAACCAACUACAGCUACCACUCAAGAUACCCCUCUGUACGCAGCGGGGUGGCUUAUCUCUGAACACUGAAAUUGACUGAGGUAACGAUGAUCACAGAUGAAUGAAUUUCUUUAGAAUGUGGGGUCUGCUUGGCACUGCAAUCUACGACACAUUUCAAAUGUCAAAAAUGAAUUUCUGGUGUAAAAAAAAAAACAUUUUCAAUAAUACUUUUAAUGUGAAUGCUUUAGAUUCAUAAGGUGUCUAUAUUUUAAAUCACUCGUUUUAUACAUUUGAGAAGUACUUAAUUCCUUGUUAAAGAGCACUAGUUACAGAAUCUCAAUAUCAAUAUCUAUAUCAUAAUUAUAUAAUUGUGUAUGUAAGCUAAUACAUGAUUUCCAUUAUUUUUAUGUGUGUUGUAUAAUCAAAUUUUAUACUGACAGCCUUACUUUUUGUACAUUAUCAGUUUUGUUUAAGUGUAUUUGUGUUUUCUGUUGACACACACACACACACACACACACACACACACACACACACACAAAGUUAAUACUUCAACUUUCAACAUUGGCUGCACCUGAGCUUUGUAAUCAAAUUUAAACUUCUACCCCAUCAACAAAACACACAUGCAUGCAAAAUGUUUGAGUAUCACACAUCUGUAGAGCACAAAUAACCUCACAGACACCAGUCAUCCUAAUACACACAGUCCUCAAGUGUUUCUGCUCAGUUUUUUCCUGUUUUAAGCUGCUUUAACCUGUAUUAGACACAGGAUCCACACAGGCAAAACCAAGGCAGAUGUGCUACAGAUAUAACCUUCAGGACAGAAAAUGGGCUAUAGGUGACUGACAUUGUGUCUAAAACUCUAAACCUUUCCUGUGUCUAUUUAAUCAGAAAGCUAUUGUGAGUCUUUGUUUAAGUUUGGUAUGAUGCCCUGGAGCUCUUGGAAAACAAACUGAACAAAUGGUUAAGUAAACAUGAGAUGCAGGUUUAAGACUGCUUAUUAAAGGUGUAGAGAUGCAACCGGAGCUGUGUGUGAAGAAGCCACACAGAGACAACCUGACAGUAUGAUCAUGAGAUCAGAAUCUGCAUGUCACUUUGAAUAGAGAUACUGAUACUGAGAGCUUCAGACCAGGUCUUGGUCUGGUUCAUUUCCGGGUUGAAUACAGCUCCAUAUGUUUGCGCAAUGUGAGAAAAUUUCUAGCUCUGUUGUGCCAAAGACUGUACAUUAGUUCAUGAACUACUAGGUCGCAUCAUUUCAGUUUCAGUGAGUUUAAAAGUGAGCAGAUAUUAAAAUUACAACUGUUUUAAUCUCAACUCCUAAUACAGUCAAUGUAAUUAUAAAGGUCUCUCAUAGUAAAAGUAAAGUAAAAGUCAUUUCAUUGCUGUUUCACACUGAAAAUAUGUGGUGAUGUAAUGGGAAUGUUUUCUAUUGUGGCUUAAGGUGACACCAAAAUGAGCAAUCAAUGGCUGUAUGUUUGUAUGUAUUUGGACUCGUGUCAUGUGAGCUCCCUUUCUGUUCCAUCACCUUGAAAGUCAUCGAUGCUCCCCAGUGGACACAAGAAGUACUGCAGGAGCUUAUGCACUACAUUGUAUACUUGUUAGCUUCUGAACUUUUAUCACAUAUUAUCAUAGAGAAUAAAAACAUGACAACA